UUUCCAAAGUGAAAUCAUUCCAUUCAUUCCUCACUAUGUCAACUCCAAAAGUCAUGUCACCUCUAUUUUUUUUAAUGCUUUACACUGUAAUCGCCAAUUGUGACUCCAUCUCUCUGUCGUCUGCCGCAGCUCCAUCUCCAUCACCCUAUUCUCUAAGACCUCUUUUGGUUUCCUAUGGACCAACCCCCGUUGCACUUGAUUGGUCUUCUCCAAGUCCUGCUUAUUAUUACUCACCUACACCUUCCUAUUCUCCACCUGAACCAAUUUCUCCCACUUCUCCGGCUUAUCCUCCCAUGGUUGAUGAUGAAAAUAAUGCUCCUGGUGCUUCCCCUGCAUACCCGCCAUCUGAUGUUUCUCAAGGAAUCAAAGCAGCCUACUGGCCAUCAUUCAAUGGACUUGAACCUUCCUCUAUUGAUACUUCAUAUUUCACCCACAUUUACUAUGCUUUUCUUUUACUCGACCCUGUCUCCUUCAAACUUAAUGUUACAACAAUUGAUCAAGAAAAGAUACCGGAGUUCAUAGACACCCUCCGUGCCCGAAACCCUCCUGUGAAGCUUCUACUAUCCGUAGGAGGUGCUGAUCCAAACCAAACUUCCUACUUCUCAAUAAUGGCGAGAACCAAUCAAACACGAGCAAUUUUCAUCAAUUCUACUAUUGAAGUUGCCAGGAAUUAUGAAUUUGAUGGCCUUGAUUUAGACUGGGAAUUUCCUGCUAAUGACCAAGAAAUGUCCGAUUUUGCUUUGUUACUCGAGGAAUGGCAACAAGCUCUAGAUGAUGACGCUAGAACUUCUGCAAAACCACGUCUCCUGCUAACUUCUGCAGUGUACUAUUCUUCCAGGUUCACCACAUAUGGUGAUCCCAGAUCAUACCCAGCACAGGCUAUAAAUAGUUUUCUUGAUUGGAUUAAUCCAAUAUGCUACGAUUACCAUGGGGCAUGGGAGAACUUCACCGGCCCAAAUUCUGCACUAUUUGCUACUAGUAAUCUAAGUACUAGUCAUGGAAUCGGGUCAUGGAUCGAAGCCGGUGUACCGCCCGAAAAGCUCAUAAUGGGGCUACCAUUAUACGGGCGGACAUGGAAACUCAAGGAUCCGAACAUUAAUGGGAUAGGAGCAGAAGCUGUAGGGCCGGGACCUGGAAAUGGGACAUUGAGUUAUAGCCAAAUUUUGGAAUUUAACAGUGAGAAUAAGGGAACAGUUCAUUUUGAUGGAGAAAGCGUGUCCUAUUAUUCAGUUGCUGGGGAUGCUUGGAUCGCGUAUGAUGAUACCAUGUCUGUUGAUCGAAAGAUCCAAUUUGCACGAUCACAGGGCUUGGGUGGAUACUUCUUCUGGGCUCUUGGUCAGGACAAGGACUGGACUAUCUCUAAACUAGCAUCGAAUUCGUGGGAUUACAAAUAAAUUUUCACUCCUGAUGGAUUGUGAGACUUGGAGAAAAUAUUCUAAUAUAAGAUUGAAUAAAUUUUUUUGCAUAUUAUUAUUAUUAUUUUUUUAUUCUAACUUCAUCAUUGAGUUGUCUCUAGCAUGUUAAUUAUCAUUGAUUGUUAUUUUUAUUAUUGUUAUU